AGUUGCACUGUUCCCGAGUUGUUUAUGGUAGCGAGUCCUCCGACGGCUCCGAAGCUUAGUGUCUUACAGAGUUUGGUGUCGGUUCCAGCGGCAAACCGGUACCAUGGCUUCCUCCAACGCGAUGAACAAGCAGCCCCCUAUCCAGUCCACGGCCGGAGCCGUGCCCAUCAGAAAUGAGAAAGGUGAAAUAUCUAUGGAAAAGGUGAAAGUAAAGCGAUAUGUUUCUGGUAAAAGACCAGACUAUGCACCGAUGGAAUCUUCCGAUGAGGAAGAAGAGGAAUUCCAGUUUAUCAAGAAGGGAAAGGAACAGGAUAUUGAGGUUGAGGAACAACCAGAAGAAAGCACCAGUGAUCCACGUCUGCGUCGUUUACAGAAUCGAUUGAACGAGGAUGUCGAAGAGAGGUUGGCCAGACACCGUAAGAUUGUGGAGCCUGAGGUGGUUGGUGAAAGCGAGCCGGAGUCUGAACCAGGAGAGCCCUGGCAUCCAGACCGAGAAGACACCAGUGAAGAGGAGGAGGAAGAGAUUGAUGACGAGGAAAUUGAACGGCGGCGUGUUUUGAUGCGUCAAAGAGCCCAGGAGAGAAAGAAUGAGGAAAUGGAAGUGAUGGAAUUAGAAGAUGAGGGAAAGUCAGGAGACGAACCAGAGUCUGAGUCAGAGUAUGAAGAAUACACAGAUAGUGAAGAUGAAAUGGAACCAAGACUCAAACCUGUGUUCAUCCGAAAGAAGGACAGGGUGACUGUACAAGAGAGAGAGGCAGAAGCUCAAAAACAGAAGGAGUUGGAGGUGGAAGCAAAACGCAUGGCAGAGGAAAGGCGUAAAUAUACAUUAAAGAUUGUCGAAGAAGAGACAAAGAAAGAGAUUGAAGAGAACAAGAGAUCUUUGGCAGCGCUUGAUGCUCUUAACACUGAUGAUGAGAAUGAUGAGGAGGAAUAUGAGGCCUGGAAAGUGAGAGAAUUAAAGCGCAUCAAACGUGAUCGUGAGGAAAGAGAAGCGGUGGAGAAGGAGAAGGCAGAGAUUGAACGUAUGCGCAAUAUGACUGAUGAAGAACGCAGAGCCGAGCUCCGUGCCAACGGCAAGAUUAUUACUAACAAGGCAUUGAAAGGAAAAUACAAGUUCCUCCAGAAAUACUAUCACAGAGGUGCAUUCUUUUUGGACGAAGAUCAGGAUGUAUAUAAAAGGGAUUUCAGUGCUCCAACUUUGGAAGAUCACUUUAAUAAAACCAUCCUACCUAAAGUCAUGCAGGUUAAAAAUUUUGGUCGUUCUGGUCGAACAAAAUACACUCAUUUGGUUGAUCAAGACACAACCUCUUUUGACUCUGCCUGGGGCCAGGAAAGUGCCCAGAACACAAAAUUCUUCAAACAGAAGGCAGCAGGAGUAAGAGAUGUGUUUGAGAGGCCUUCUGCAAAGAAGAGGAAAACAUGAUGGACCAAAAUAUUGCACUUGGCUUGAUCCUGGAUCAGGAAGGAAGGCUUUUUUUUUUUUUUUUUUUUGAAUACUUAGGACUGUAUUGACAACCUGUAAAUAUUUAUCAAGGACAAGGUCUCAUCUGUCCUUAUUAAAUUCGGGAACAUUUUCUGUGAUCCCUUUGAAUAAAUACAAGACAUCUGGGAUCUUAUUUUUAUUGUGACCAUCUUAUAUAGAAAACUUACUGGAACACAUGAAGCACCAUUUCAGCUAACAAUACAUAUAGACAGAACUGUAAAUAAAGCCAUUGUUUGUGUAA